UGUAGUCUGUACUCUGCCGCUGUACUGUACACUCAAUGAGCACAUCUAAUUUGCUGUUUCCUCCAGUGGGCGGAGUAGCGGGGCUCUGCCUGGCCGCUCAGCUCAGCCCUCAGCUCCGCUCCUCUGUAUAGUCGCCGUUACCUCUCCACUCAUGCGGAUCCAGCCGUAGCUCAUGGACUAGCCGGAGAGGUCUGGUGGCGGACUGUAUCGGGCUUGUAGCGAACAGGGUGAACUCAGUGGACCAUGGCUGCCAAAGAGGACCUCUACAGUAAAAUCCUCCCUCGGAGGCUCCGACAGAACCGGCCGGGCUCAGUGAAAUGUGCCUCCAACUUGGACGUGCUGUUAUCCAUGGGCUUCCCCAGACCAAGGGCGCUGAAGGCUCUAGUGUCAACAGGAGGUCGUAGUGUGCAAGCAGCAUGUGACUGGCUGUUUUCCCAUUUGGAUGACCCGUUCCUGGAUGACCCUCUGCCCAGAGAGUUUGUCCUCUACCUGCGACCCAGCGGACCUCUACAGAACCAGCUCUCCCACUUCUGGCAACAGAGCCGGGUCACUUGUGGCAAAAACAAAGCCCACAACAUUUUCCCCCACAUCACCCUCUGCCAGUUCUUCAUGUGUGCAGACCACAAAGCAGAAGCUCUAUGCGAGGCUCUCCAGGCCACUGUCCAGCAGUGGCGGGGUCGAUUUCCCAGCCCGCUGCCUCUAGAGCUCUACACAUCCUCAAACUUUAUCGGCCUCUUCGUGGAGGAGCUGGUGGCAGACAUCCUCAAGCAGUUUGCAGCCGACUUUGCGGCAGAGGCAGCCAGGAAGGCAGAAGUCCAUGUGGAGCCUCACAAGAAGCAGCUCCAUGUAACUCUGGCCUACAACUUCCCCACCAAUCACCUCCCGUCACUGGAGAAACUGGCCAAGGGCAUCGAGGUCAAGCUCGGCUGUGAUUGGCUGGCAGUCCUGUUCUCCCGGGACAUUCGUUUCGCAAACCAUGAGACCCUGCGGGUGAUGUACCCCUACACACCACAGAACGAGGAUGAGCUGGAGCUGGUUCCUGGAGAUUUUGUCUUCAUGUCUCCAGUGGAUCAGAGCAGCACCAGUGAGGGUUGGGUUUACGGGACCUCGCUGGCCUCUGGGCUGUCUGGCCUACUGCCUGAGAACUACGUCAGCCUGGCUGACGAGUCUGACACCUGGGUCUUCCACGGCUCCCAUUCAUUCUUCAGCUGUGGGCCCAGUGAAAAGACCAGCAAGGAUAGAGGGAUGUUUGACGGACUGCUGGACAGCCGACGCCCUGACAACACGAGUCCUGGAGACACGCCCACCCUCAGUCUCAUUUGCCACCCAAUGCAGCAGGUCCUGCGGAUCAGCGGUGGUCACUCUCGGCAGCCGAAGAGGACGCUUUUUGUCUGUCGACACGGUGAGAGGAUGGACGUGGUCUUUGGCAAACACUGGCUCUCCCUCUGCUCCGACAGUAAAGGUAGAUAUGUACGCUCCAAUCUGAACAUGCCUCCCAGUUUGCCGCUGUGGGGAGACAAGAGAGAUUACGACAUGGACGCUCCCAUCACUGUGUUUGGAUCCACGCAGGCUCGACUAGUGGGUGAGGCCCUGUUAGAGAGUAACACAGUCAUAGAUUUUGUGUACUGCUCUCCCUCCUUGCGGUGUGUUCAGACUGCACAGAACAUCCUCAGAGGUCUGCAGCAGGACGGUAAGCUGAAGGUGCGAGUGGAACCGGGGCUUUUUGAAUGGACCAAGUGGGUUUCUGGGAACUCUCUGCCUGCAUGGAUACCUCCCACUGACCUGGCUGCAGCCCACUUCAGCGUGGACACAACGUACAGACCUCUGAUCCCAAUCAGCAAGCUCACUGUGUCUGAACCCUAUGAGAACUACAUGAGCCGGAGCUACCAAGUGACCAAAGAUAUCCUGUCAGACUGCAAAAACACUGGAAACAACGUGCUGAUUGUAGCCCACGCUUCUUCCUUAGAGGCCUGCACACGCCAGCUGCAGGGCCGCAGCCCACAGAGCGCCAAGGACUUCAUCCAAGUAGUCCGAAAGAUCCCCUACCUGGGCUUCUGCUCCUGUGAGGAGCAGGGAGACACGGGGGUGUGGCAGUUAGUGGACCCUCCCAUCCUCCCCCUCACACACGGACCAAACCACAGCUUUGACUGGAGGGAGACGCUCCUGCAGGAAUGACCUCUGAUCCGUGCUCCGCCCAACCCGAUCAUACUGUACUCCCACAGACUGCAGGAACACGUUUCAGACCAGUGCCCCCCAAAUACUGGAACCAUUCUCUUUUCAGCCUCUUUACACAGCUGGUGGUUUAGCAGUGAAGAAGCUUCCUGCCUGAAUAGCCGGUGAAUGGUUGGUGAACUGACUGCCGCCCUCUGAGGCUGGUUUCAUGUCCACUCUCAAAUUUGAUUCUUUUUCUUGCCAGAAUGAGGGAGACGUUAGUUUGGGCAGUUAGCUGCGCUGUGUGGGAGAGCAUGUCCACAUUGUCAUCCCAGUCUCCGAAAACUUUGUGAAAUUAGCAUGAAGGAUUAAGUUUUACCAACAUGAAUGUUUUACAUGAAGUACACAGGACUGUAGCAGGAGUGGGACUAGUAAUGGCAUAGAAAGCAAAAGCAUGGAAAGGUUAACUUUUUUUUUUAGCUCAGUUUUAUUUUGAACUUGUCAGUUUAGUGUAUUUCCACUGUAAAUGUCUGCAUUUCACAAAUCCAAAAUGUGUAAGUUUACUAAAUAUAAUAUAUUUCUAAAUUUAACUGUUAGCUAACGUUAAACAUUAGGUGUGUCCAUCACUCCCUCAUUUACUUACUCACUAAUGUCAUUUUAGUUAUUGACCACAUCCAUUCUGUUUUUAACUGACAUAUGUGUGACUAAAGAUGUGUAAAGAUAGACAUGAAAAAUGUUGCAUGUUAACGGGCUAACAUUAGCAAGGCUAAGAUCCGCCCUGAGCUGGAUUACAACAUAUCUCACAUGCUAAAUCAUUCAAUAUGUAAGCCUGAUAACAUAUUGUGUCAGAAGAUAGUGUAAACCAGUGAUUCCCAACCAGGAGUAUGGGGACAAAUUGUAACUUAAAUAAUUAGAAAGAAUUAAAUCAAUGAUUUGAUUUAAAAAUACGUCAGUGUAUGCCAGUUAUAACAAUUAAUUUAUGUGUUACUGCACUUAACAGUGCAUGAAAACUAGUUAGAAAGCGAGCAGAGGAGAUGUAAUUGUUAGCUGAAAGUAAUGAAUAAAUGGUUGGAACGUCCAACUUUUGCCAGUCUGUGUGGUUGUAGUACGAAAACCAGUCCCUCCAGAAAAACGCAAUUAUGCGAUCGCAUAAUUCAAUGCAUCAGCCAUCAGCCAAAGUCCGCAUAUUUAUGCGGGGGCCACAUUUUUUCAAAUACGCCGCACUUUUGCCGCAUAAAUUGCCGAUUUCCGCGCAAAAUAUGCGAGGCUUGCAUGAUUUCAUAAUCCCCGCAUUUUCGUUGCAAAAAAAGUCACAUAUAUCUUAGCAGAAAGUUGAAAAAUGUUGCGUUUACUUCACACAAGAGCAGCCAUUUUCCCCUGUUGCCAUGGGAACGUUAUGAAGUGACGCAAUUACGCGACGUGAACAUCAUCAAAAAGCUGCAAACCCCGCGAUGAAGCCGCAAUUUUUGCAAGUUCCCGCAAUUUCAUCGCAUAAAAUUGCAUAAAUAUCCCGCAUAUUCCAUCGCAUUGUUUAAGAAAACGUGCCGCAUAAUCAAGGAUUUUUGCCAGCAACAUUCACGAAAAAACUCUGCGUUUUUCUGGAAGGACUGGAAAACAAACUUGACCAAUUGAAACAUGGCAGUUUAAUGUAUGAAAAUAGUGUAACAUCCCCUAUUUUAUCCACCAACCUAUCUAGUGGUGUUGAUGAAGGGGCACUUGAGUUCAUCGGGCAGGGCUGUGGAGGUACGUCUGGAAAAAAGUUUGGGAACCACUGCUGUAGACCAGUUGAUUUGGUUCAGAACAUCCCACUAAUGUUAAGGAUCUAUUAACAAAGUAGUGUCCAUGUUGUUCGUUCAUUCAAAGAUUUUAUUUUCUGGUGUAUAAUGUGCAUUAUAGCCUCAGUGGGUUGCUCGAGUGGCCGUAGACUUUCUGUUCUGUGGCAGUUGCAGUCUGAUGUUGGGAACAGUAACUAAAUGUUGCAUAGUUUGUGUCCACAAUAUCUUAUUUGAGUUAGUGCUUAUUUCACAAAAUUGAAUGAGACUGUUGAGAAUUUGUAAUGAGAGUGUAUCAUAGCAGUACUGCUUUCCUGCACAGAUCUCAGCAGCAUUACUUCAUCAUACAGUAAAUGUCGUCUCAGCUCGAACCACAGGGCUCCUGGCCAGGGUUAAAACAGAUGGCAUUGAUUGUUGUUGUUUUUAAAGGGCAUUCUUUGUCCUCCUAACCCUGGCUUCAAUCAGGGACUUCCCUGAUGCUACCCACAUAACGUGGCCACACAAGUUUUCUCUAUUUUGCCACCACAUGUAGCACACCCAGUACAGCAGUGUCUUCUACCGUUCAUGCAGUGUAUGUAAAAAUGAAACAACCGCAACUAUAACAGCACAACCUGCACUAUUGACAAUCACACAGUAGCUUCUUGAUUCUGCUCCAGCACAUUUUUAGUGUGCGCUUGUUAAAUGGUGUUCAAGGGGUUCGGAGUAGCUGUAAAUAAUCAUAUUUUGAGAAAAGUCUUCCAGUUGCAUUUUUUAUUUAUUUAUAAACUUUUCUUUCAGAUGUUACAAGCAUAGAUAUUAAACAAGAGGAUCAUCACUUUCAGCAUGCAAGAAUUUAUGCUCUGUAUCUCAGGUGUUGACUGCAUUUAAGACAUAACGUAUAUGCAGCUUUGAAAAGUGUUCCACUGAUUGAGUGACUGUGUUGUUGUGAGUGCCUCUUGGAAUUAAAGUGAUGUCUCCUGAUGUACUGACUGCCUGCUCGUAGAUACAGUAGAAGUAGUACGUUACAUCACUCGUAAACAUAAAGUUUGCUCAGGCUGAUACUUGAUGCACAUCACACACACGUAGUGUAUUAAGACGUCAUAAAAGUUUUGAACUCAUCAGUCUCAUUUAUAAAAUCCCUCUCGAUUCGACAUUUUGCAGUUUUUGAGAAAUAUUUGAAUUGCUUGGAGAAGUGACAGUUAUCUGUCCUGUCUCUGACAGUAAGUGCUUUCUGAAGCCUCAUUGUGGAAACGUGCUUCAAUACAUUUCCCUUAUAGCAUUCAAGUUAAGUUUCAGUUGUGUUCAGCAGGAUUUCACCCCUAAAAUACACCAAUCUUGUCAGCUUACACCUAAAAGUGUGGCUGUAACGGAGAACAUUGAUUCCCAACCGAAUCAGACCCUGCAUUUAUUCCACCAAAAGAAUUGUUAAAUACGAGCUGUCUCCCAUUUUAUUUCCAAAUACGUCACCAAAUGUGUGAGGAAAGGCACAGCUCACUACAUUUAGUGCAGUAAAUAAAUAAUUCAGUAUUUCUCCACCUGAAACGUGUUCUCAGACGUAAACGUAAACCAACAAUAUAGAUCAUGUAAUGUAGAAGUAACGACGUUCAUAUCUGUACUGCCAGUGAUAUGUCACAUGAGGUUCUGUGUGCUUACAGGAACCUUCACUGUGUUAAUGUAUCCUGAGCAUCAAGCUGCACAGUACAGAGCUGUGUUCUAACCUUUUAACGUGUUCCAGUUCUGCCAGGAGAAUUUUUUGAGAGGACAGAAAAAGCAGAGAAACAGUUUAGCUCAACAACUAAAUGUGUCCUAGCUGUGUCUCAGUGGUGGAAACCGUAAACUGCUGACUCAGGUAAAAGUGACUUCCUGAAACUGCCACUGAAUGCUGAGCAUUUCAGUGGAAUAGUUUGCCAUACAUCAGCCUGUUUGGGAACUGGUUCACUUUCUUGCUGAGAGUUAGAUCAUGAGAACAAAACCACUCUGUCCUCUAAAUAUGACCCCAGAGCUGACAGGAGAUUGGCUUGGUAGCUUAGCUAGCCUGUCUCUGCCCAAAGUUCAGAAAAACGCAGACCAACGCCUCCAGAUCUCUUUUAAUUUUUUUUAGAGCUCAGGGAUAGGAUGGUAACUUUAGUUUUGAUUGAAACUAGAGAGUGAUAGUAACCUUCUCCUAUAACUCUCGGCAAGAAAUACGCAUGUUCCCGAAAAUGUAAACUAUAAAUUUAAAGAGCACCCUGAGCACUUUACACUAUCCUUUGCUUUAUAUGUAUAUAACUGAAUCAUCAUUCUAAAAAAGCAAUGUGAACACACCCUUUAUCUAGUAAGUUGAUUUGCUCAUAGUUGUCUCAUUGAAGCAUCACUGAAAUCUAUUAUCUGCCCUGUAGCAUUAUCAUCUUUAAAUUCAUUCAGGAAUAAAGUGCAACAUCUACUCAGAAAACAUCAUCACAAACAUGAUUCAUUUCCUGGAGCAUCAAAGAUUCCACUGAAUUCCUACGUCAAUGUUGUCCAUUUUGAGAAAACAGAUUAUCUUUGUCUUUCAUCUGAAAACCAUUACCAGUAACGUUGUUGAAUCCAGUGAAACCGCCCUGUCGCUGUGCAACUGUUGCAAAAGCUUCACUGACGCAGGGAGGCAGUGGUCCAGGUGUUGGGACGAAUUACUCUGCUAUUACAGAAAUGUGAAAGGUUUUUUUUAUUCAUUGGACUUAAAUGUCAUUUUCAUCACACGACAUAGCCGAGCAGCAUAUGUUGUAUUAAAGAGUUUCUAUAAAAUAAUACCUUCAUUUAGAAGAAGAGAGUCAUGUGAGAGAGACAAAGGAAGAAGCCAUGUUGUUCCUGUGUUCUUUAUUUAUUGUCUGAACAUAUCACCAAACGUGUACAGCAAUUAACUUAAAGUGAAAUUGAUAUGUGUUGAUUUGUGAUGUAAGAUGAAGUGUGUCCGCAGGCUUCAUUUACAUUUUUAUUUUAGUUCUGAUUCUAUCUUCUGUUGCUGUUCGUGAAGCAUCGAGUUAUGAAGAAAAAAGCUGUCCUUUUCAAACGGCUCUGAAAAAAAUAUUUUCAUAUUGUGAAUCCUCUGCAGGGCUCAGGAGGGAAAGUAAGUAACAUGUCGUUCUAUGAUUUGUGGUGACGGAGUUCAUUUGCAGUUUGGUUCUUCUAAUUUAACAUGGAACAAAAGCAUCCUUUUCUACAUAGCAAUAACAUUAUAAUACAACAAGUGUGCAAAGUUGCUAUUUAUCUGCAAAUACUGUAAAGAAGUACAAACCCAAUAAAACUCUACAUCCUU